GACCGACAUUAGCAUGACACCCCAUAUGCAGGCAGCAGCAGCAGCAGCGAGCACAAAUGUUUACCCACUUACUCACUCAGCCACUGAUCCAUCCGCACAUUCAAUUCAAGCACUUGUCUGUCAGACAGACCAUGAUUCCUACCGAGAAACCGCCGCAUCCAUCCAUCGGUCCAUCCGUCCAUCCACACACAGGAAAAACUGCAGUCAAGGCAGCAAUGCAGCAAGCCAGCGACAGACAGACAGAUCGACUGACAUGGUAACGGACCAACGAGCGGACAGCCAACAGCCAAAACACCGAUCGGCGAAAAACAAACCCGGCCCCCUUUCUCGAUAUCCUUUGUCCAAUAAAACGAAGGGCAGGCAAGACGAUACGCGUCAAUCACUCUCAAUUGGUCAUCUGCCCUUCUUCAGACAGCGCAACGCCCACAGCACGCCGUUGACCGCGGAGACGGGGGGGACCGCAGGCGGCCGGGGAAUGUGCUUAUGCGUGUGCAUGUGCAUGUGCGUGGGAGUGGGUGUGGGAGUGGGUGUGGGUGUGGGUGUGGGCGGUCUCUUGCUAUGCGCUGUGGCCCCAAAUCUGGCGGUAGUACUCGAGCUCGUGGUUGGACUCGAACCCCAAACGGGCAGCGCCCGGCAACUGACACGCAGACGACGGACAUAGAGGACACAGACAUACACCAUAUGAGUGUGUGUGUGGUCUGCUCGUCCUUGGUGCUGCCUGGCCUGGCUGUGUGUGGUUAACCACCUACCUCAUCGAAAAGUGCCGCGUCGUCUGCGCACACAGUGGAUGUUGCGCAGCUAGUAGAGCACACCUCCAGGCCCCCGGCCUUGUAGCCCCCCUCCCGGGCCAGCCAACAGCGCGUGAAAUCUUCUGAGGACACAACAGACACAGCCUCUGGCCCGGUGGCGGGGGAGCCUGAGGCGUUGGGCGACGCCCCGGACGACCCCAUGCCCACGCCGGCCGCAGAGAGGUGCCUGCUGGGUGAGGCGGGAUGCAUGAGUCGUCUGCUGUUGCUGAUGGUGCUGCUGGGCGAGUUACCCCCCCUCCCUCCCUCGGUGUCGUUGACGAUGCCUGCUGCUGCUGCGAGGGCUCCUGUGCCUGCUCCUGCAGACAGGGGCGGGAGGGAGGGGGGGCUGAUUUUGAUACGACUCGCCGCAAAGGGCGACAGGGGCGGCGAGGACGGGUACGUCGGGAUGCUGAAGGGCGGGGGCCGAAAGGAGGGGCGAAACGAGCCCAGGAUCUCGGGAAUGUGAAUCUGACCUGCACAACAGACAGCACAGCACAGCACAGGACAGCGGCGAACAUGAGGGCUGACCGAGAUUGUGAGGGCGUUGUGGCUUGUUGGUUUGUUUGUGUGGUUCGUUCGUUCGUACCGAAUCCGACUUUGGCGGCGAGGUCGGCGAUUUCAUAGCCGACGGCUGUGGGGACGACUGAGUCUUGCUGGUAGAGGGGGUGGGACUUCAAAUACUGACGCAGGUAGCCCGCGGUGGUCAUCAACUCACCUGCAUGUCCCGACGGACAGACAGACAGACAGAAAUGCGGUCAAUGAGAAGGUCAGAUGGGGUGCCGUGUUGUGUGGCUCACCGGUGCUUCUCUGUUCGAUGAAGGCCAUGUACUCGGAUAGCCGCUCCAAAGUUGCGGCACUGCACUUGCCCGCCUCAUGCUCACGCUGCAGAGAGUGGACACGCACACACACACGGCGUUGGUUGAGAGAGAGCGAGGGUGAGGGAGGGAGGGAGACUUCAUGUGUGUGUUGUGUGUCGCAGCAAGCAGACCUGGAUGAACUCCUUGCACUUGUUCAUGAUGCCCGGGAAGCCCAAUAACGCCUUGCCUGAACGACAUUGACACAGAAGGGGCAAGGCAGACAGACGAGGAUUGAUGGUCAGCUCGCUGGUGUGAUAUACAAUGUAUUGGUCUGUGUGUGGUGUUCGCGUGCCUACCGAAGAGGAUCUCGUUGAGUGUCAUUUCCGAGUACUCCCGGUUGCUGGUGUUGUGGCCGAUGUCGUGGCGAAACCAAAACCGCUGACUCAACACCGCAUUCCGCUGGCUAGACCUGGACACAGACAUACAGACAUCACCACGUACACACACACACGUGUCAAUCCAUCCAUUCCCCAAUACCCCACCCACCCGCCCGCCCCCCUGUCUGCGGCUCACCGGGCCAUAUUCUCGUCAUUCUUUGACAUGGGUAUGUAGAGGUCCCAUUUCUCGUCAAUGAUGACCCUUGCCAGCACCGCCACCACGGCGGCCACGGCGGCGUUCUCAAAGUCGGUGAGCUGCGCCUCGGGGGUGCGGAACUCCACCCGCCACCCGAUCUGCGAGGGCGACGUGCCGUCGGGGGAGGGGGGCGGGGGCUUGAACCGCACUGAGUUCCAGUUGGUCGACUGGAUGUUCUCGAAGUGGGCCGUGUUGGUGCGAUGAUCCAUCUCAACCUUGUCUGCAGCGCAACACACGGCCAGAGAGGGGAUUCGUUCUGUGUGCUGUGUGAUGUGUGCGGGGUGGUGGAUGGUGGGGGUGGGGUGUGGGGGUGUGCGGGUGUGGGGGUGUGGGUGCGCACCAGAGAAGAUGACCAUUGGGUCUCUGAUGAAGAGGUAGGCGAAGUGUUUGGCGAGGAUGGGGUCCAGCCCGCCGGCGACGAACUGCUGGUACGCCGACUCGUUGAGAGCCACGUCGACGUCGUUGUACUCAGACACACGCUGAUACAUACACAGUCCACCAAAGAGACAGAGAGAGAGAUGCGUGCAUUAGCUAUCAUGUGUGUGGUGGAGCUGGUGAUGGUCAGUCGCAUUGAUCAAGCCGCCUCCUACCUGUGCGAGCGGCUCUUCGUUGGAGAUGUAGAGGGACACGCCAGCGUACCUGUGAGGCCAAAGAGACGACAAUGCGCGAAUGCACACACGCCAUGCAUCACGGCUUUCUUCUGUGCUGCAGUGUGUGCUGCCUUACCGUGAUUUGUGAAUGGUGUCCAUCUCCUCGACUGUGCGGCAGUCCACCGACAUGCAUAUCGUGUCCCACCGCGUGUCCGUCGCCGCCACCAGCCCUCGCUGAAACGGAGCCGAUGCCGUCAACUGCAUCAUAACCCACACCACACAUCCAUCCACACACACAAAGAACACACAAGGGAGACAACGAGCUAUGACACUUCUGCAUUUGUGGAAGUCUGUGUGUGGCCAUAGCUCACUCACCGCGAGGAACAGCGGUGCGAGUACGGUGAACUGGUCGAAGAGGUAGCGCGCCACGGUGACGUCCGGUGUGCCGAAUGUGACUUGCAGGCAGCAGCAGCCCAUGCCGAAGCCCAUGGCGUCCAUGUAGAUGUAGUUGCGCAGCGGGUUGGCCGUCUGCUCACUCAGCUUCUCUAUCUCAUAACGACUCAACUCGCCACGCACACGCGACAGCUGCAUGACGGCAUCAACCAAAAUGAAUGAGACAUGCAUGUGUAUGUGUGCAGCGGUCUUGUGUCUUAUGUGUUGUGUGGCUUCUUACGUCCCACUGCGACCGUUUCUGAGUGUUCUCGUCCUCCUCAAGAGGCACCAAAAUCAGAACCUUAGCGCCACGGCGACUGAUGGAUGGGCAGAAACAGGGCACAGCAUGGAUCCGUGUGUGCGUGUGUCGGUGUCAGCUCAGCUCACUCUCGUAUGUUUCUGGUGAGCGUCCCAAAUCUCGGGUGGGGCGACAUGAUCGCAUCCGGCAGAAAGACGCUAUGAGAGCAACCACUGCACACACAACCACACCACACCACACACAGACGUCCACACAACAGCCAUCAGCCAUCUCCUGAUCUCACUCACCUGUGUGGGCAGGGCGGUGUCGGCGGUGCCAUGAAGUCCUUGACGCCCAUGUGUGGGAAUGCGGUGAGUGAGACCAGCCGCUGGUUGGCGUUGAGGAGGGCGGCGAUCUUGGACCGCCGCAGGUUCAUCGACGGCUCGAUCUCCAACACCUCAUCCAAACUGCCAAAGUUGUACGGACUACCUGCAGACGCCACACGCACACACCAACCAACCAAAUGCAGACAGACAGACACGUGUGUGUGGCCACCUGUGUGUAGUGGGGCUAGCUGGUGCGUACCAGGUAUGGCCUCGACCAUGAAGUUGGUGUAUUCGGGUCGCCAGUCUGAUUUGGACGACUUGUCGUCAGACGACAUGCCCUCGCGAACCGUCAACUCGUCGAUGAUGUCUGAUGCACACAGAGAUGGGACACACACCCAUUUGUUAUCGAGUGGUCGCCAAGUGCUCCUUGUUGUGUGUGUGCUUACGGUCAGCGUAGUUGGCCACGCGCGCCACUCUCUGCUGAGAGUCCAACUCAACCAAACUAUACUCUGGUGACAGACACACAAGUCAGUCAACACAAGUCAGCCACAGAAGGAUGAAUGGCCUGCUCCUCCCUCUCCGUGAGCUCAGGGACGUACGUACCGAUUUCCUCUCCCCACAUGACGUCAGCGUCCUGUCUGUCCUUAUUGAGGUGGUAGAGGUGCAGCAGCUGCCGGAUGCCCUCACCCUUGACAUACGCCAACACCGCCUGAGACGACUCCCAGUCCAGCGGCGUCCCGGCCUCUAGGAAUCCCAUCACUGACGCAGAGCAAGUAGAAGACGCUCACACAGGCUGUUGAGGGCUAUCGACGAGUGGCGCAGAUGCCGCGCCGCUUGAUAUCCGAUUCUCGGUUGAGACGAAUAAAGCCAAAGAAGGCGAGAUUUUCGUCAGGGGUUCAGCCGUUGACGAUGUGCUGUCGUGGUGUGUGGUCUGCCUGGCUUAUCUUCAUCUUCUUGCCGGACAUCAUCC